AUGGAUGUGGAAGCAUACUUCUCGGACUCAUCGUCGGAAGACGCAGAAAUCGCUGCCAGCGUCCAGCAAACAAACGGGGGUAUCCAACCUUACCGUUUUGAGCCAACUUUGCGAAGGAUUGAAGGAGAGGAGCACCUUGACACUGAAAAUGCCACUGCCACUGGAACACACGAGGAUGAGGAAGAGGACCCUGGGGAUGAUGACAAUCCGUUUACUCAUGCGAUUGACUUUGAGGCCCGUCUUACCAUUCAUGUAAGCGAAUGGUGUACAUGUGAUCGGUGUGUCACGAUGACAACACCAGUGAUGAACUUGUGCUGUCAGGAACUUGAAGCUCUUGAAGGCAAAAUAUAUGCGGAUGAUCUAGACAGCAUAACUCUUCACUGCGAUUUCGAGUUGGUCGUCCUGAAGAAGCCAAUCCUCAGGACAGCGCUGGUGGCAAUGAAAGAUGUAAAACGGGCUAGUCUCGUGGAGCCGAUAACAGAGAGGGCCUACAGACUCGCUGCAUAUAGGCAGUUUACUUGGUGGAUCCAUGAAAGACUAGGCAAAAAAGUUCGCAAGGUUAUCCCCUCUUGUGUGGUACAGCUCAUCAGAGAGACAUUCCAAGACCCAAAUGGACAGUACACAGGCUUCAGGGAAGCAGAUGAAACAGAAACAGUUUAUCCCGACUAA